CUGCGGGGAGCCGCUCACCACAUCCUCCUCCUCUAGCUCCCCGCCCUGCGCACGUCGUGGGGCUGGGAUGGCAGGCGCCGCCUCUGGCAGACCCACAGCCGUCUCCCCGCGGAGUGACCCGGGGGCUCGGGGACAGACUGUCUGCCUGCUUCUCGCUGAGUGACUGACAGCCAGACAGCUGUCUAUCUGCCUGUCUGCUCCUCUGUCUGCCGGCCUGACCAGCCCUUGGCUGCUGUCUGUCCAUCCCCGGAGCCGCGGAUCGGUCCCUGCCCCACAAUCGCUGUCUUCUGUCCCGGGGUGACCUCGCUGGGAUGUGACGGAUGGUUGCCUCUGCGUGGCCCGCCUGCCCGGAGCCCAGCUGCCGGCUGUCUGGUUGACCGGUCGUGUGCGGUCGGGGUUAGUGCCUCGGGGCAGGCUGUGGCUUCCCACUCCAGACCCCUGCUUGUCCUCCCAGCACCCCAUUUCCCGUUCCCACGCGGGGUCGCCUGGGAGCCCCCUGGAUCGCCUGGAACACAGAGAAUGGAUUUCUGAGGAAGAAGUGGAACUACAGGCUCCAGGAGGCAGCAUGCUGUGUGGCUGGGCUGCUCCUUUGCUCCUGCUGCUGCUCCAGGGAGCCUGGGGCUGCUCAGACCUCGUCUGCUACACCGAUUACUUACACACCGUCACCUGCGUCCUGGAGACGUGGACCCUGCACCCCAGCGCGCUCACCCUCACCUGGCAAGACCUGUAUGGAGAAAUGGAGGAAGAGGUGACCUCUUGCAGCCUCCGCCUGUCCACCCGCAAUGCCACGCAUGCGGAGUACACAUGCCACAUGGAUGUGUUCCAAUUCAUGGCUGACGACAUUUUCAGCAUCAACAUGACAGACCAGUCUGGCAAUCAUUCCCAGGAGUGUGGCAGCUUUGUCCUGGCUAACAGCAUCAAGCCAUCUCCCCCUUUCAAUGUCACCGUGACCUUCUCCGGACACUAUAACAUCUCCUGGAGCUCCGAUUACAAUGUAUUCGCGCUGAAGGGCAAACUUCAGUAUGAACUGCGGUACAGGAAGCUCGGCGACCCCUGGGCUCAGAGUCCAGGGAGAAAGCUGAUCUCGGUGGAUUCGAGAAGCGUCUCUUUGCUCCCCCUGGAGUUCCACAAAGGCUCGAGCUAUGAGCUGCAGCUGCGGGCGGGGCCCCAGCCCGACUCCUCCUUCCAGGGGACCUGGAGCGAGUGGAGCGACCCUGUCAUCUUUCACACCCAGCCCGAAGAGAUGAAGAGAAACUGGUACCCUCACCUGCUUCUCAUCCUGAUCCUCGUAUGCCCCGUCCUUGUCUUCUUAGGCCUGAAGAUCCACCUGCCUUGGAGGCUGUGGAAAAAGGUGUGGGUACAGGUGCCCAGCCCGGAGCCUUUCUUCCAGCCCUUGUAUGUGGGCCAUAGCGGGGAUUUCAAGAGAUGGGUGGGCACACCCUUCCCUCCCUCCAGCCUGGAGCUGAGAUCCUGGAGCGUGGGGGUGCCCUCGAUCCUGGAGAUGCACAGCCAGUGCCCUGCGCAGCGUGCAGCCAAGGGGCUGGCACCCAUGGAGCUGCCGGAGCCGGCCGACCUGGUGGAGGCCGACGGGGUACCUGAGCCGGGCUCCUGGGACCCAGCGCCCUCCACCGCCAGCACCUUGGGCGGCUCCGCUUACAGCCAGGAGAGAGACCGGCCGUAUGGCAAGUUAUCCAUUGAAACGGUGACCGUGAGGGACGCAGAGGGGCCGUGCGCCUGGCCCUGCACCUGUGGAGACGACGACAGCUACCCAGCUCUGAACCUGGAGCCUGGCUCGGGCACAGAGGACCCGCUUCUGGACCCGGAGGCCACGUUCCUGUCCUGCGGCUGCGUCUCAGCCAGAGGCUCAGUUGGGCUGGGGGGCCCCGCGGGCAGCGUCCUCGCCAGGGUAAAGCCGUCCCCCGAGGAUGAAGCGGGCUGGGCUCCAGGGCCACCCUGGGGGGACGGGCCACCCCGAGGGGUUUCGGACAGUGAGGCAGGCUCGCCCCCAGCCGGCCUGGACAUGGACACGUUUGACAGCGGCUUCGCGGACUCUGACUGCGGCAGCCCCGUGGAAUGUGACUUCAGCAGCCCCAGGGACGAAGGGCCCCCCCGGAGCUACCUCCGCCAGUGGGUGGUCAUGUCCCCUCCGCUGGCGGAAUCUGGGCCCCAGGCCAGCUAGUGCGGCUGACUGGCCCUUCCAGCGCUGGCCGUGCUGCUGAGCCACGAGCCGCAGAUGGGGUGGGUCCCCUGGGCUGGGCUGUGAAGAGGCCUGGAGCCCUCGGACUCCCCGAUGGGGCCCCUGAGCUUGGUGUUUUCCGUGUGCAUCUGGGGCUCAGGUGCCGGUGGCGUGUCCUCGAGUGCGAGUGGCACACGUGCUGUGUUCACGGGAUGACAGCCUCCCUCCCAGGCCUGUGGGCUGGCCCCGGAUCACGAGCCACCCCAAGAGGCUGGUCCAGUGCCGCCCACAGGGCCUGCUGAGACCAGGGCACUGCCUGGGACAGACCCCAAGCCUAGCCCCCAGGUCCCACCUCCAGGAGCUGCCCAAAGGCCACUCUGUUCCUUAUCACCUCUCCGGGGGGUGGGGGGGGACAGGAAGGGGACCACAUGAGCCCACGGUGACCCUGGGAGUGGGGAGAUUUGGGGGUGGGGCCGGCAGACCCCAGUCUGAAUCUCAGUUCGGACACCUCCUGGCUGUGCCACCUCGGGUGAGUCACUGCCCGUCUCUGGUCUGGAGUUUCCUGUCUGGACGAUGGGGGGCAGGGGGCAUGGCCUACCCUGGGGAGAAAUGGGUGAGGUUGCCCACAUACAGUGUGCCGCCCAGACCCUCAAUAAACAUCAGCUUCCUUCCUCCUGCGGCCAGGACCAAGGCCUCUGCUGCAGGUGGGUGGGGGCGAGGAACCAGACACGCCUGGGUACGUGCGGGCCUGUCCCGCCCUGCAGAGGGGCACCUGGGGGAUUCCGGGCUUAAAAUCUGCUUUGUUCCUUAGAAUCAGGCCCUCACCAACCACAAUUUCUUGAUUGAGCACAAGUACACACGGAUGCUGAGCUGCGCAGAGAGGAGCCCCCUCCAUGGUCCUCCCCGUGGGGGAGAGGGGCAGACCUGACUUGGCAGUGAUGGCAGGGAAUGUCCCGCUGCCAUCCCCUGGCAUCUGAGUUGCUCAUCCUGGGGAAUCAGGGGAAGUCAAAUUCUUGAAGAUUUGUCCAAGAGCCUGAUGACAUGUAAAUUUAAGAUGCUAAGAAAAGGCCUCGCGAUGUUCUGAAGGCACCUUACUGAGUGUCAGCUUUGGGCAGGAGCUAGAUGACGGUAUUGUGUGUUGCAUGCAGCUCACACUUUAAAAAAAGAGAGAGAGAGAGAGAGAAGGGAGUUUCCUUUGUGGCUCAGCAGGUUACAAACCCGACUGCUAUCCAUGAGGAUGUGGGUUUGAUCCCUGGCCUUGCUCAGUGGGUUAAGGAUCCGGCGUUGCCGUCAGCUGUGGUGUAGACCGCAGAUGCGGCUUGGAUCUGGCGUUGCUGUGGCUGUGGGGUAGGCUGGCAGCUGUAGCUCCGAUUCGACCUCGCGCCUGGGAACCUCUAUACACUUCGGGUGUGGCCCUAAAAAAAAAAAAGAUUAUUUACCCUCCCCAAGGAUACUCGCCUUUAGAGAAUGCUUUUUCCAGA